AUGAUUACUCAUCUCUUCACAGUCUGUUGUGUCAUUCCAACCAUGAGACUCAUCUUUCAAGCAUGCUCAAUGAUCUUCACACUGGGCAACCUGCUGGCUUCUCAGUCACAAUCUCCUGGUUGGGAAGAUGCCAUCAGCAUAGUAAAUUUCAAUAAUGAGAAGAUGCAGAUCACAUGGGCAGCAAGAGAAAUACUCCCUGGCGAGAAUAUGUCAUUUUCUUACACAUUUGAUGAAGGCAAGCACAAAGUUUGGAAGCCAUGUCCCACCUAUUUAUUGGAUCAAGAUUAUAACUCUGGAUGUCUUUUUAAGACAGAAGGACCCACCCUUGCCAUCUCUAUCAGGAACACCAAUGGAAGUGAACAGCUUUCUAAAAUACUAAAGUCUGAUUUUUAUAUAAAGCCAAAUCGACCAGAAAAUGUGACCUUCUUCUGGAAAGAGGACACCGUUACUGUAAGCUGUAAUAAACCAGAGAAAGCUGUGAAGUGCUUGAGGCUUGAGCUUCAAUACAAAAGCAAGUUUGACAAAGACUGGCAAUCCAGAACUUCUAAGUGUUGCAGUGUUGGAGAGCAAGGCUUUGAUCCAAGGAAAUGCUAUUCUUUGCGGGUCAGACUGACGAGGCUAGUACCCUACUGCAACGUAGUUAAUUACAGCAGUGACUGGGAAGCAGAAACAUUUUGGAUGAAUGGCACAUCAUUAGAUUCAUGUGAUGAUGAUAUAAAAUCUCAGUCAAACAAACUAAUUGUUUUAAGUUGUUUGCUGGCAGUACUUCUAGUGAUAUUUAUCCUCUUGAUUCUUCUGUGUAAAUGGCAGAGCUUUCAAAAGUCAGUCAUGCCUGCUAUACCAGAUCCAAAAUAUGUAUUUACUGAUCUCUUCAAUGAUCAUAAUGGAAACUUCCAGGAAUGGAUAGACAAAACUGAUCAAGCAAUGGUACAAACCAAGCUAGAAUGUGAAGAGCCAGAGUGCAUCAUUGAGGCAGAAAGUCAGCAAGAAGAUGAGAAGAAUAGUGAUAAACAGGGACCUCAAGAAAAAAUCUUCAGUUUUCCAAGAGCAGCUGAAAAUAAUGACCCCAAAGCAGCUCAGAUUGCCUGCCUGAUGCCAACAUCCACCACUAUAGCUUCUUUUGCUGGCUUCCAGAUUUUAAUGAAUGAUGACAUGUAUGUGAUGUUAUAA